UUGAUUUCCACGGUUUUGUUCCUAACAAAAACGACCGUAACGUCGUGGUGUACAUUGUCUGGGGCUUAAAUGAGCGGGACAUGUCGACCUGCCAUUUUUCAGAGAGUCGGUGUAUAGGCGAAGAAAGUAUGGAUUCAUCGUUCAAUCCAAACACCCAAGAGGCACAGAUUGCCCUAAAGAACUUCUGUGAUAAGAUCCACAACUUUUCUGACUCUGAAAUUGACCAUUUCAAAGUUCGCCGUGACUUCACAACAAAAGAACCAGAAAUAACGUGCUUUGCACGAGACCUCGACCAGUUUUUACGGGAGGAGUCAUCUGAUUCAAAAGAGAGUCUUGCACUUCCCUGGUCUUACAGAAAAGCCAUCACAUUUAUGCAAGCCCGUAGUCUGACUUACAACACGCUCAAGUUAAAUGCAUCAUUUCCGAAUGUACUAGAGAUCCCAAUCUCGUAUUGGCUGAACGACCGCUACACCUUUAAAAACAAGACGACGUUCGACCGCUACCAGAGCUUGAUUGGGGAAGGCGUGAGUCCUUAUUCAACGCCCAUGAAGACAGACUUUAGUGUCUUUUAUGGAAACCGUAUUGUUUACCUCGGUAUACAAGUAAACCUGACCUUGGGACGUUUCUCCUCCGGUUAUGUUGAGGGCAAACCAGUCAUGGAACGAUGGGAAGCAUUCGUUAAAGAAGAGAUGAAGAAUAUGCCUCCCGGUUUGCAAAAUGGAUUUCAACUUACGAAAGAUUACUGGCAUUCCCUAUCUGUGCAGAAGACAAUAUCGGAUAAUGCCAUAUUUGGAAUCGUUCUGGGAAUCGUUCUUGCACUUCCAAUUUUGACGGUAGCAACACAGAAUAUCGUCAUCGGCGUCUGUGCCACGUUUUCCAUGUGUUGCAGUACAAUAUGCGUUAUUGGCAUAAUUCCGCUGAUAGGCUGGAAACUAGGUAUUCUCGAAUCCUUGAACAUGUGUAUGGUUGUUGGUUUGACUGUCGACUAUGUCGUACAUCUUGCGGAAGGAUACCACACGUCACAAAAAGCAGACCGGAAGUCACGUGUUCAAGACAUGCUCGAAGUCAUGGGCAUUUCCGUUUUUUCAGGCGCUUGCACAACGCUUGGAGCCAGCGUUUUUAUGUUCUUUGCUCAAAUCCAGUUCAUCGUUCGCUUCGGAAUAUUUUUGUUUUGUACAAUCGGGUUUUCUUUGUUAUUUUCACUUGGACUAUUUUCCACAAUAAUGGGCAUUAUGGGGCCGAGCGGAAACACCGGUGAUAUUAAAAUGUUUUAUAGAAAAGUGAAAGAAACAUUCAGAAAAUGCUGUUGUUGAAAAUAUGACGUAAGCAAACAUUUGAGUCUGUAUUACUCAUUUAAUAGUCCCGGUUUUUACGCUAGAUUGUGUAUUGUUGUUUUGUUUUGAUAGAUGUGCUGUUAAAAGAAUUAUAAAUAAAUGAA